GAGAGAGAGAGAGAGAGGGAGAGACUCUAAAAAGAAGUAAAACAGGUCGGACUGAUCUCCACACAGUGGCUCCCAACAAGGUCUGUGCCUCUGGAAACUUUGUAGGCUCCGGAUUUUAAGUCUUUUUACAUCUUGCCUGGGAAUCCUUUCGCUUUUAAAACCCUGUUGACGGUGCCAAAGGUCAUUUAAACUAAAGGAUAGAGUGAGUAAAAAGAGACGGAAGGAGAGAGAGAGAGAGAGAGAGAGAAAGGAGGAAAUCCAGGUAUGGCUCAGCAAGCCACAACAUGACUGAAAGUGAAUUCUUUCAGCGUGUGAGAUAAUGUGAAUUAGCGGAGAGACUGAGGCAGAUAGUUUCAUAAUUUAAGAACAGAUGUAUGUUUGUUCUGUGAAUUAAGAGGAGAACAUAUAUUUGAGGUGUUUUUGUGUCUUGCCAUGCCGGUGACACUGUGUCGUCCAGGACUGCUGCUCAGCUUCAUCACUGUCUGCUCCUGUCUGGACCCAGACUGUGUCCUCGGCAUAGUAGGCCGGCCGGUGUCACUGCCCUGCAUCUACCCUAACAUAUCCACCUCUGUGAAUGUGUCCAUCGAGUGGAGGAGAGGGGAGGAGGUGGUGCUCAGAUCAGACUGGGGAGAGGAUGGACAGUGGGACAGAUGGAGCAGAGACAGUGCUGUUGUCCCUGCUGACGCUGCUCUGACUGGAAACAUGUCCCUGCUGCUGCCCACAGUGGAUCCCAAAGAGGACAACACCUACUAUAGUCUGUUCAUCGUCUCAGAGGGGAAUCAAAGUGCAGCCGUGUGCACUGUGUGUCUCAGAAUAGCAGCCAGUUUCAGUCCCCCACUGGUGCACAGGGGGGAGGCAGAGCAGGGAGAGGAGACAGCCUUCUCGUGUCACUCCACUGGUGGUUUCCCUGAACCUGCUGUCUACUGGCUUAUCAACGACACCAAGAAGCCCCCCGAAGGGUCAGUGAGGACCCUGACCACAUCACUCCCCGACUCCCAUCUCUACAACAUCACCAGCCACCUGACGGUCAACAUUUCCAAAGACUCCAGAGUGUCGUGCAUGAUAGAGAACCUGUCCAUGAACCAGAACUUGACCUCCACGAGCUAUGGCGUGAAGAGCCGCCCGCUGAACAGACGAGCGUCAGAGGCCAUGUGGAUCUUCAGCACCGCUCUCUGUGUGGUGGUGGGCAUCAUGGUGAUAGUGGGAGUGGGCUAUCAGAUCCACCUGGACAGAAUAAAUAAGCGGAAGAAGAAGGCGUUCCGUAAACAUCAGCUGAGCAGAGUGUAUGACAGGGAACACCAGAACGAGGAGGAGACAGAGGACAUGAAGCCAGUGUCCAAAGAGACUGAUGUUUAAAAUCCUCCUAAAGUGACACUUUAACAGCUGGAGGCAACAAAGCACUGAUUUGUACACAAUUGUUGUCUGUCUACUUGAUUUUGUCAACUCCUUAGGUAUCCAGCAUGAACACUCAGGACCAGUAGACCUCAUGGGGACUAAAGCCUUGACAGUUCUGAACUCCUGGUUAAAGUCAGGGGGUGAGAUAGGAAAGUCCAAAUAAGUAUAGCUGCACAAACCUGUGUGAGUGUGUGUGUGUGUGUAGGAGUGGGUUAAAAUAGAUUAUGUAGCUAUAAGUAAAGUUACUCAGCUCAUCUCACCUCUUCACUAUCUGUAACCCUGUUUCAUGUUUACUGGACUCACCUUUACUCUUUUCUCACGGGGAGAUGAUUUAUUAAAGAU